AAAGCUUCAACAACCUGAAGUCCGCCCACCAGACGAUGGCACCAGACGACCACGAAGGAUUUACUUGCGAAAAAUUUGUUCAAUGUAUUAAGGAAAUUGUGGCAAUUUCAGACGAAAUUGGAGAUGGCUGGCAGCUGCAAACGAAAGAGGGCUUGGACAACGCUCACUACCUAUCGAAGAAAACCAGUCAGGUAUUGGAAAAAGAGUCCGGAGCAAAAAUGAUCGUCGUUUUUGAAUACCACGUAGCAUACAACAUAAAUUACGGUGUCCCCGUUUUGUGUUUCGUAGCAUGGAAACAAGAUGGCAGUUCCCUCCAAAUGGAAGAAUAUUGCGAAUGCAACAAGAACUUUUCAAAUUCCGACAUUCUAAGCACAUUAACUCAGUUGGAUCAUCCAGUCCUGUGCACACCGUUCCUAACGUUGCAUCCUUGCAGAACACGAGAGAUUAUGGAACCGUUUCUAAGUAGAAGUAAAAAUCCCGUUGUCUCGUGGAUGAGUGUUAUUAGCCCGUUUCUCAAUCUCAGCUUGGACGAAGAGUAUAUUAAAGCUUGCUGAGUAGAGAGAGAAACAUCCAGUUAAUAACGGAUUUUAUUGUUACUAGACGCAUAAACGCUUCGCAGAAUAUGAAAAUUAAAUAUGGAAUGCUAUAAAAAUUUACCCGCCUGUUUUUAAAUAUACGCCGGUAACAUCUUUGGGUAGAGUAGACACAGCUGGACACGACCGUACCGUCACCAUUAUCCACAAAAUCUACACUCUGAUCUUAGUGUCUUAAUUCGUGUUUUUCAGUUUUUUAUAGUUUUGUAAAUAUAUACUUUAGCAAA